AUGAAGCUCCUCCUGGUGGUCUUCCUCGUCGGUGCGGCGUCGACCGCACCCUCGGACAAGCGGAAGAGGGACGUCCUUCCCGGGGAUUCUCGGUACAGCGCCGACGGCCGCCCCGGACACGGCUAUCACGAGAACGAGAUCGAGAUCUCGAGGGCGCUGGGUGGAUACGCCGGCUCCUUCUCCACCGUCGAUCGGCUGGCUCCGAAGACCCGGUACGGACCUCCGGAUCACCAGCCCGGCAAACCCAUCGGCGGCGACCGCUACCUGGCUCCGGCGGUGGAGACCGUCGCGAAGACCGUCGUCGCCCACUCGACUCCGGUCACGUCUUACGGAACCCCGGUCGAGAAGAUCUCCCCGGACGACCAGCCACGAGCCGCAGACGAGCACCUGACUCCCGCCGUGUCCACCAAGUCGGAAGUGCUGCACGAGCAACCGGAGGCGAAAGAGCAGACGACGGUCGUGGAGGCGAAGACCAACCAGGUCUUCCGGAAGGUGGCGGCGCCAGAGGGCGGACUCACGUUCGCGACGGGCCUGGGAGGGUCCCUCUACUCCGUCGGCGACAUCGGAUCCGCGGGCCUGGACCGCUCUUUCCUCUCGGCGGGCCCCUCGUCGUUCCACCGCCACCAGUCGGCGGUCCCCAUCGAGACGGUCGACAGCCACGUGACGGUCCACGUGCCUCGACCCUACCCGGUCCCGGUGACGAAGAACGUGCCAUACCCGAUCCCCGUGCCCCAGCCCUUCGAGGUCCCGAGGCCCUACGCGGUGCGCGUCUCCCAGCCGGUCCAGGUGACCAUCGACCGGCCUGUCCCGGUCGAGGUUCCCCGGCCGGUGCCUUAUUCCGUCCCCGUGCCCGCUCCCGCUCCGGGAUACUACCAUGCCUCCCCGGAGCCGCAGUUCCCCUCCUUCCCGCUGCCGGACUUUGGAGCGCCGCAAAUUCCCCAGAUCCCUUCGAUCCCUUCGAUCCCUUCGAUCCCCCAGAUCCCCCAGAUCCCCCAGUUUCCGUCCUUCUCGGUGCCGGAACUGCCUCAAUUGACGCUUCCCCAAGAGGUUCCUAACGUUCCGGUGGUCUCCGACGCCAAGGUGGUUCACAGUGCCGCUCCCACCUACGGCGUCCCCGUCGGCCCUCUGGCCCACGAAAUCCCGAGCUUCCCGGUGGGCGAGUUCCCCCAGUCGACGGUUCACCAGGAGACAUCGAACGCCCCGGUGGUCACGGAUGCCAGAACGGUCCACGUUGGAAAGACCGAAGUCUCGAGGGCCGGCCAGACGUACGCCGAAAAUGGUGGUUACGUUUAUUAG